GGUUACUUACUUCACCUCAUACGGGAAUCCCGCCUUAAUCUCUUUGUCUGCCGACUGUUCAACGUACUUUCGGAAUAUUCAUUUGUUAUAUUUAUCCUAUUUAAUAACGAGCAAUAUCCUAGACAAUUCCACAGGAGAAUAAAGUUUUUUCAGGGUGAUUGAAUUUUCGCAUUGGAAUCCUUGGCAUCGAGUUUAUCAUCCCCUACGAUUAGAUUUUCUAAAAGGGAAAAAUGGUCCACGAAAUACGAAAGGCCUGGUGUAAGGACUUAAGAAAUCUUCUGGAUUGCCCAAUUUGUUUCCAUCUGCCCACUAAAAAAAUCUACCAAUGCGUCGAAGGUCAUCACGUCUGUCAAGGCUGCAUACCAAAACUCUCAGUGUGUCCGCAAUGCUUUCAGCCAUGGUCUAGCUCAAGGAAUCGAUUGGUUGAACACUUGUGUUUGAAGCUUAGCGAAUUGAAGAUUGCACUGGCUAGUGCUGAGAAUGAGGACAACACAGGGGUCAGUCGGAGUAAAGCUUCGGUAGCUUGUCAGACGGAAGUUUCCAACAAUAAUGGAAUUCAGAGCCCUGUCAAAAAAAAACUGUGGGAAAAUCAUCGAGGCAAAAUUUAUCCAUGCAAGAUAGGUACUUGUAACAUGAAGAAAAAUUAUGAUUUGUUAACAAAACAUCUUGUGGCUGAUCAUCCAGGAAAUUGUUUCAAGGCGAUGAGCGACGGCACUGUCUUUCAGCACUCUUGGUCUUUAUUCCAUGCUCAAGAUAUGGCUACCGAACGAGUUUUUCUUGUAACCAACAUGGGCACAUUUUUUUUUAUACUGUCUGGUGACAUAUUUGGUCAUUAUUCUGGAUGUGCUUUAAUGAUUCAUAAGGAAUCUGUGGCGAAUCAGUUUACUUAUCAAUUAGAAAUGAGCUGCUGUCCGGACCACGUAUCCAUUUAUCCUGGCGAGGUUUGCUCGUGUCGCAUUCUGUCUGAUAGUUUGCGUAAAAAAUGUAUUACGAUUCAUUCUCAAGAUAUCCAAAAGAUGCUUGGACACAACGGUGAAUUGACAUGUACUUUAUUGAUUGGAAGAAAACCUGUGAUUGAAGCGGGAUCGAGUGGAGCAAGCGGAGCUCAAAAACAUUAAGGCUAUCCUUAAUGUUCCUGAAGAAAGAAAUCCAUUUGCAAAGCAAUGAUUCUCAAACCCUCAAACGAUCGGCCGCAACGUAGUGCAGCUAAAUCCCCAACAGACUCGACCAGCGAGCCUUCUAUGUGCUUGAAAAAUAAAGUUCCUAAGCACAUCGAAUGGUCGAACUUAAAAUCUUGAAACAAGUUUUCAAACUAGUGUAAAAUAGCUGCUUCACUUUUUUAUAACGUUUCAAGACUCCUACUACAAAAAUAAUCGAAUAUUUUGAACUUCGAUAUAUUGCAUUCGUUUACGUUAUGAUGACUAGCAUUAAGUUCAGUUAAAUUUUCAAUAUGUUAUAUUGAAAUCUACGUAGGUUUGGUACAAGCAUACAAAAUAAACUUCGAGUUCAUUUCUUCAAAGAUUUUUUACUUCCCAGCUACAGCCCUUCAUGUUUUACUGUUUCUACACCGCGUUUACGGGACGAACAUUAAAUUAGUUAUUCAGCCACCGUUUCUCCAAAUGGUUUCAAUUGAAUAUUGCUUUGACGUCAUUACAGCCAAUUACCAUAUGUAAGAAUGUAAAUACGAGCGGAAUAACAAAAAUUUUAUAUGGCGGAUCACAUAUAAUAUUUAUGAUAUAACAGGUAAAUAUUUGAAUUGAACGCCGCAACUUCAUUUCCAUAAGAAUAAAAGUACAAAAAUGUGGCUGUUAUCGCGAAGCCUUUUGAUCCAUUUUUUCCUCAUUACGUACGAUAUUAUUGUCAUUGCCAUCUCGCCUUUUGUAUCCGAUAGUUUUCCUGGUUCCCCGAGAUAACUACAAAUACCGGAGGCAUUUACAGUCGUAACUCAAUCCCAGAUAAGGAUCGCUAUGAAAAUGUCGAAGUUCCAAAUCGUUCUUUGUACGGUCGCCGCUUUCUUCGCCUCGGCGAAACACAGCGCUUGGGCAAUGGAGGAUAUCGACAAGUUAAAUAGAAAUACAUUGAAUUAUAUGAUCGACCGGGCAAUCGCAGCAGUGAACCAACGUUACCAGCAAAUAUAUGAAGAGUUCGUAAAUUCAGCGUCAAAUGAAGACUCCUAUGAUUCGCAUUUGAGCGCAACAAAAGCCAAGAUAGAAACGUAUCUUUCGAACCUCGGUAUUCAAAUUGAAUACACCAACGGAAUUGUCGACAAAUGAUUCGUGUUGGGUCUAUUACGAUCGUUACUCGACUUUCGUAACCUCAACAAUCGUUCCAGAAUUAAGCGAUGUACCAACCUUUGAGUUAGACUCUGUGAGCAUGAAAAUGUUGAAAUUUUUCGAUGACUCUCAUGCAUAUAUCAAUAAACUUCGUGACUUGAAAGAUCAAGCAAACGCGUCCUCUUCAUUGCAAUGCUUUGAACUCUUUGAACAUGCAAAUCACAUAGUUGAGACUUUCUUCGCCAACGCCGAAAAUACUAUCAACGUGUAUGAGAAUGUGAUAAACUACACGACUAUAGUAAAGCGCUUGGAAGUCUACGCCGAGUACUCCGUCAGCUUGGGAAAGGAAGUUUUACGAGAAAUUUAUGACUGCAUUAAGGCCGGGAACGUGUCAGAAAUUCAGAUUUCUCUCCCCGGGUCAAUUUUCUAAUAAGAACGUUGUCCAGGUGACUGCUACGCGUUGCCUCGUGUCGUCGCGAGCUCGGGGCCCCUCGGAAUUCGCCGUUUCAGCGUCGCCUGAUCGCGGGUUUCGAGGAGGAAAAAUACCCCUAGGAACGACCGAAGUGCUGGCGGUGCGAAAAGAUCACAUCACGACGAUCGUCUUCGAGCAAUCGUCGAUGAUCUUUUUGCAUCUUAGUUCCGUUUGGUUUUGACUGACACACUCGGUCGUCCCCGUGAGAUAACUCCGUAAUUCAGCUAGCUCGCGACGGGGUAGUAAAUCCUGAAAGUAUACAGGUUAACCGCGUAGAGAACCGUAAGAUUGUUUUUUUAUAACAAACGCAGUUGAGCAGCACGGAUGCCUGCCUCAUGAACGUUCUUAUUGUUGAGUUUUGUUAAAAGAUCCAUAAAUUUUGUGUGUAAGUUUGCGUAUUUCCUUCCUAAAUGGUAUUUCUUCUUAAAAUUGUAUGUCACUGAUUUUUCUUGAAAUAUUCAAUAUUAUGUAAAUUUUCAUAUAAAUGUACAUUUUAUUGCA